GAUAAAGACGUGCGGGUUCCACGAGAAGUGGCACCGUUUCGCGGUACUACUAGGUAUGCUCCAAUAGCAGCAAUGAAACAGAUAGAGCAAUCUCGAAAGGAUGAUUUAGAAGGGUGGAUGUACAUGGUCGUUGAGUGGACAUCAGGUGGCCUGCCAUGGCGGAAAUAUAAGUAUUCUGUACAGAAGCCCACCGUAAACCUGAGGGCAAUUCUCGAGUUCUUUCUCGGAAAAUGCAAUCUCAUUAAGGCUGCUAAAUUACAGCUACCACAUGCACCAGGGACUCGCAGUGACGAUCCGGCGGUUCACUUUAUCCUGCUUGUCCGCGCAACCCAAUGUGAAGUUGGUCUAGGGCUGAGCGAGGAUCCAGGGCACAUUCUGAUAAGGAGAGUUUUGUGA